AUGAGCUUCAUUAUGGAGCUAGGAACAUACUGCUAUAAAGUGAUGCCAUUCGGGUUAAAGAAUGCCGGAGCCACUUACCAAAGAUUAGUAAACAAAAUGUUCUCCAAGCAACUUGGGGAAACAAUGGAAGUUUACAUAGACUACAUGCUAGUAAAGUCAUCGAAAGCAAGCAACCAUGUUCCCCAGUUACAAGAAUGUUUCGACAUCCUCAACAAAUUCGGAAUGAAACUAAACCCAACCAAAUGUACGUUUGGAGUAGCCUCUGGGGAGUUCCUCGGCUACUUGGUAACCGAAAGAGGAAUCGAAGCCAACCCAAAGCAGAUCGCAGCACUCGUCGAUACCUUACUCCCAAGAUCGGUCCGAGAAGUACAAAGCCUCACCGGGAAAAUUGCCACAUUAAACCGUUUUAUAUCCAGAUCGACCGAUAGAUGCCUCCCUUUCUACAAGUUGUUGAAAGGAAAUAAGAAAUUCGAAUGGAACAUCGAAUGCGAUUCUACCCUAAAAGAGCUCAAGGCGUACAUUAGCGAACCACCCGUGUUGUCAAAACCGAUCAUAGGAGAAACCCUCUUCCUAUACGACGCGACCUCCGAACACGCAGUGAGCAUAGUCCUGAUCCGCGAAGAAAGCGGAGAACAGAAACCAAUAUAUUACGUGAGUAGGUCGCUAGUCGACGCCGAAACUACAUAUCCCGUAAUGGAGAAACUCGCACUAGCGGUAGUAACUGCCGCCAUAAAACUGAGACCCUAUUUCCAGUCUCAUCCAAUCAUAAUCAUGAUGUCGCUCGCAAAAUGGGCAAUCGAGCUCAGCGAAUAUGACAUAGAAUACAAACCACGAACGAGCUCGAAAGCACAAGUACUAGCGGAUUUUGUCAUCGAACUCGUCCCAAAGGAGGAUAGCUCGAGCUCGAAUACUGAAAAAUGGAGAUUACAUGUCGACGGGGCAUCAUCGAAACAAGGAUCCGGAAUCGGAAUACAGCUCGAAUCCCCGACGAGAGAAAUGAUCGAACAAUCAUUUCGCCUAGGGUUCAGCGCGUCGAACAACGAAGCCGAAUACGAAUCCCUGAUCGCGGGGCUACGGCUCGCAAGAAGCGUCGGUGCCCGAGAAAUCAGUGCCUUCAGCGACUCGCAAUUAGUCACAAGCCAAUACCACGGAGAAUACGAAGCAAAAAACAAAAGAAUGGAAGCAUACCUUUCAGUCCUGCAAGAAAUCGCUCAGCAGUUCCACAACUUCGAACUAACAAAAAUCCCAAGGGGAGAUAAUACGUCAGCGGAUGCGCUGGCCGCGCUGGCUUCAAAUUCCAAUCUGGCGGUAAAAAGAAUAAUACCAGUAGAAGGAAUAGAUAAACCAAUCAUAAAUCUCCCAUGUAAGGGAAUCGACCUUCAGGAAAACAAUCCCUCGCGCAUUGAUGCAAUCACUACGCGAAGUAGGGCACGAAGAGAAAGCCAGGGUCUCGACAACGAAAACAGCGAUGAGCCCGACAACCAAUCGGCCCCAAACACAUCGCGCGUCGGGACCAGAGGAACAGCGACCACCGCAGCUAUCCCUGAAGAGGCCGUCCAAGAAACCAGCAAUGAGACACACGAAGCCUUCAAGAAGGAGCUAGAAGCCAGACCAGAUUGGAGAACCCCAAUAUUUAAAUAUAUAAAGGAUGGCGAGCUCCCCGCCGAGAGAUGGGAAGCUCGAAAAAUAAAAGCCCGGAGUUCGCGCUAUUGUGUGUAUCCUGAUGCGCCUCAGUCCAUAGAUAAGUACAUGGAACCGUACCAGAAUAGAGAUCAGACCGUUCAGGACAGCUCAGCCGAGGUUCGCCUUCCUAGCCGUACCGCCCAGGAUGAUCGAGCCGUGUACCGCCUCGACCGAACCAGUACGCGUCCUUCCCAACCAUCUCGACAAGCCAAAGUUAACAGUCGAGCCAGACUCAACUUGGAUCAUGCCAGAAUUGACAUGGAUCCUGCCAGACUUGACGUGGAUCAUGCCAGACUUGACUUGGAUCAUGCCAGACUUGACUUAGAUCGAGAGGUUUCCCAAAAUGAUCGAGACUUCUCUCUCUUUGUCCGUUUGGCACGAACCGACUUUCCAAUGAUCGAGCCAAUGGACUAA